AUGACAUCAUUCACAACCGAUCACAGGAUACGAACUUUUCGUUUCAGCAACAAUUCUUCUACAGUCCAGGUGGUGUGGCAUCAGGGAAAAGAGGACGAUGAUGUGGUUCAACUGCUGAAUCCGGUCGAGGAUAAUGUCAGCGAGGAGAUCUAUUUUGAGGAAGAGGGAUUCAUCACAUCGCUUCCUGUGGAAGCUGUGAAACCAACCUUAUUUCAAGCAGACAAAUACAAUGUAACCGCUGACAGUGUCGUCGAGGGAUUGUCCGUCGUCGAAAUGCAGCUUAUUCGAUAA